GUUACCACUACUUCAGGGAAAGUCUUGCAGGAGCUACCGAUCCCGAAAGGCACCCAGAUUAUUGCUUCUAUUGCAGCGUACAACAGAAACAAGGAAAUUUUCGGCGACGACGCGGAUAUCUUCAAUCCUGAUCGGCGGUUGCGUGAUACGGUUCCGAACACGAAGUCAGCUUUGGGCAUUUAUGUGAGCCUGCAAGGGUUUACAUUUUCAGGUGGCUCGCGAUCGUGUAUUGGAUGGCGAUUCGCCGUUAUGGAACUACACACAUUCAUGAUUGAGCUUUUGGGAACCUUUGAGUUCUCGCUGGACGAUAAUGAAGAGGUUAGGAGGGAGUCGACAUUUGUUAUGACUCCGACGGUUGAAGGACAGAUUGAGAAAGGCUCUCAGCUACGUUUGGAGGUGAAACUGACAGCGAGGAAUGAAUAUUGA